AUGGCUGCCCCAAUGGACUCCCCAGUCCCUGAGAAGCCGGAAGCAUCAGACUUCAAGAAUGAAGCCAACCCACAAGCAGAUAAGAUCAAAACAGAACGGGGUGUCGACACCCACGCCGAACGCGCCUCGAACUCCGACACAGCAAGCCGCGAAGACAAACCUAAAUUACAUACCGGCGGCAAGCUCGAGCUAACAGAAGAUGACUGCUACGAAAAGCUCGGCUUCUGCUUCCCAGUAUGGAAGAAAUGGAUGAUUCUCAGCGUCAUCUUCGCCGUUCAGAUGUCCAUGAACUUCAACACAGGAGUCUACGCCAAUGCCGUACCUGGCCUGACCGAAAAAUUCCAUAUCAGCGAACAAGCCGCGCGAGUCGGACAAUGUGUGUUCCUGGUUGCAUACGCAUUCGGAUGUGAGCUCUGGGCACCAUGGAGUGAGGAAUUCGGCCGCUGGCCCAUCAUGCAGCUCUCCCUAUUCCUCGUGAACAUCUGGCAAAUCCCCUGCGCCCUCGCACCCAACUACGGCACAAUCGUCGUAUGCCGUGUCCUCGGCGGCCUCAGUUCCGCCGGAGGCUCAGUCACCCUCGGUAUGACAGCUGAUAUGUGGGAAGCUGACGACCAAGGCUACGCAGUAGCCUUUGUGGUUCUCUCAUCUGUAGGCGGAUCAACGGUCGGACCUUUCUUCGGCGGUAUGAUCGGUGAAUGGCUGUCAUGGGAGUGGGUAUUCUGGAUGCAAUUGAUCGUCGGAGGCGUAACGCAACUCAUGCACUUCUUCAUCGUGCCGGAAACACGCACGACGAUCCUAAUCGACCGCGAAGCGAAACGACGCCGCAAGAACGGAGAAGACAUCUGGGGACCGAAUGAACUGAAAACCCCACGUCUAGACAUCCACGACGUACUACGGAUCUGGAUCCGUCCCUUCGAGAUGUUCAUCCGCGAACCAAUCGUGCUCUGCCUCUCCCUUCUCUCCGGUUUCUCCGAUGCCUUGAUCUUCGUCUUCACCGAGUCAUUCUCACUAGUCUUCGAACAAUGGUCUUUCAGCGUCCUAGCCGUCGGUAUGACCUUCGCCUCAAUCCUCAUCGGCUACAUAAUAGCCUACGUCGUCUUCCUGCCCGACAUCCACCGCCAAAUCCAAACACGGCGCAAACACGGCACAGCAAGCCGUCUCGCAGAGCGUCGUCUCCUCCUUCUCCUCUUCAUCGCACCCCUCGAACCAAUCGGCCUCCUAGGCUUCGCAUGGACAUCAAUGGGCCCACCAAUCCCCUGGAUCGCGCCGUGUAUCUUCGCCUGUCUAAUCGCAAUGGCAAACUACGCAAUCUACAUGGCCACCAUAGACUACAUGGUUGCGGCGUACGGGCCGUACUCUGCCUCUGCGACAGGUGGUAAUGGCUUCGCACGAGACUUCCUCGCUGGUGUCGCGACCAUGUACUCCGUCCCCAUGUACCAGAAUAUGGGGGACAAGUAUCAUCUCCAGUGGGCGAGUACGCUACUCGGCUGUGUGGGAUUCUUGGUCUUGAUUCCGAUUUAUGUCUUCUACUGGAAGGGUCCCGAGAUCAGAGCCAAGAGUAAAUUCGCGCAGCAGCUGGCUGCUGAUCGGGAGAGGCAUACUGAAAGUAGGAGAGCUAGUCAGGUGAGGAGCUCGGUUGGGGCAUAG